AUGACUGCCGCCUGCUCCUCUUGUGGGCUGCGCGUGCUCUUCCUCGACGUCGAUGGCGUCAUCUCGGCGAGAACGCCCGGCAAGAUUGAGUCAACUAAGCUCAAGCGCCUCGUCGCGGUCUGUGAAUCUACUCACGCGGCGGUCGUGGUGUCUUCGCACUGGCGGCUGGUGCCGGUUCAGCUGCAGCUCCUCGUGCGGACGCUGCGGCUGGAGGGGCUCGACGUGAUUGGCGUCACGCCCUCGCGCCGCCCGUGGGAUCCUCACCGGCCUCUCGAGAUCACGGACUGGCUGCGGGCCUACAACGCCGCCGCGGACGCGCACGCUCAGCCGCGGGUGCUCUUCUUCGCGGCCGUGGACGACCGCCCCCUCCUCGACGAGGUGGGAGGCGGCGAGCUCCUUGGCCACUGUGUAACGACGGACAAGGACGAGGGGCUGACCGAGGCGGCCGCCGCAGAGCUGAAACUCGCGCUCUGCCGGCCAAUCGCGAGGCCGGCGCUGCUCGGCGGCGCGCCCCCCGCCGAUUCCACCACCGGCGUCGCGGGUUGGGCGGGCGGCUUCGUGCGGCUGCAGCGCCGACCGCGCGGGGAGCUGCCCGGCGCGCCGCACGCGUACAUGGCGCAGUGGCACCGCGGCGACGAGCGGGAGAACCCGGCGCGCUGCAUCGUGGUGAGCGACUCGGCCGUCGACCCUUCCGCCGGCCGGUGGGCGGGCCGCACCGUCUCGAGCCUGCUCGCCGGGCUGCGGCGCGGCAAGGAGGUGCCGGGCGAGGACGAGCGAGGCAUCAGCACGCACGGGGGCACCCUCUGCGCGGCGGUGCGGAGGGCGUCGGCCAACCCGGCGAGUCCGCCGGCGCCGACGAGGCGGGCCUCGGAGGAGGCCAGGACGGUGCACGGAGGCUCCGCCUUUCUGUCGUGGCGCCACCUGCUCCGGGGAGGCGCGCCCGCGUCGCCAGGGUCGCCAGGCCGGCAGCGGCAGGCGGCGCCGGUGCGCAAGCCGCUGGCGCGGCCGGUGGCGAUGCGCGCGACGGACGAGAGGUCGGCUGCGCGCGAGCAUGUGUCGCGGUUGCAGCGCUCGCAGCGCACGUCGCGGCGCGCGCAGCCGCAGCAGCAGCAGCAGCAGCAGCAGCAGCGGCAGCCGCGGCGGCAGCGGGCUCAGGCCGCCGCCGCGGCGCCGCCGAUUACCGCCGGAGGCGUCGACACGCUCCGCGACGCGCUUGCCGAGCGCUCGGAGCCGCCCAACCUGCAGGUGAUCUCGCUGCACCGGUUCAUGCUCGACCCCACUUGGCACGCGGAGACGGGCGUGCAGGUCACCUCCGCGUGCGGCGACGCGUUCGACGUCGUGCUCUCGGACGGCGCUCACAUCCUCAAGGUGGUGCUCUCGACCGCGCUCAACGAGCUCGUCUACUCGGGCCGGCUCGAGCCGCGCGGCGUCGUCACCGUCCGCGGCUGGGAGGCGAGGGCCGACGAGCGCGCCCUCUCCGCCUCGGCGCCGGAUCUGAUCGUCGUGACGCAGCUGGAGCCGGUGGCAGCGCCCGCCGCCGCCGGCUCCUCCUCCGCCGCCCCCGCCGCCGCCUCCUCCCUCGUCCUCGACGACUACUACGUCGCCUCCGAGAGGGACGGACUCACCUUUGCAGUCGCAGAGCCGGCGGCGGGAGCGGCGCCGCUCGCGAGGCCACACCGCGAGCCGCUUCCCCUGGCGGGGCGCCGGAGGCACUACCUCAAGCUCCGCUCCGACGAGGCGCUCAGCAGCCAGGCAGAGAUUGACGCGGUCGCAAGGGAUGGCGCGGAGCGGGUGCGGUUCGGCACCGUCAACGAGAUCGCGCGGAUGCAGCAGCAGCGCGACGCCGCCGAGCGGCGGCCGGCGGGUCGCCCGCCGCAGCGGCUGCUCGCGUCGCGUGUGAUGGUCGGGCGGGUGGUCGGCAAGAGCUCCCUCAGCCACUGGGGCGGCCCGCACGAAAAGGGGGCGCAGAGCUUCGCGACGUGCUUUGAGCUCACCCUCGCCGACGCUUCCGGCGAGAUGGCGGUCGAGGCGACCAUUGCGCGCCACACGGCUGCCGCGCCUGCCGCCGCCGGCUGGGGUGAGCCGCGCCUGCCCACGCGCCGCAGGCCGGGCGCCGUGCUGAUGGUGCGCGACUACGCGCUGCGCGAGGUUGGCGGCGACGAGGGAGACGUGGCCGGGGACGAGGGAGGGAAGCGGUUCGUCGCCAAGCUCAACCCGGCGAAGCACCCGAAGGUCCCCGGCAGGGUCGACGUCCUCACCGAGGCGCAGGUGCAGCAGCUCGACUCCCUCCUGCCCGGCCGAUUGCUGCCGCCGCGCCGCCCGCCCCUCUCCGAUGCGAGCGGCGUGCGGCGCAAGCUGGCGGUCGUGCACGCGGCGCAGCAGUACCUCGGAGAGGCGGAGGAGCUGGCCGACGUGAUCGGGCGCGUCGUCGCUUCGCUGCCGCCCUUCCGCUUCCGGCGGCGGCCCAACGGGGACCGCGCGUUCGUCCGCUUCGUGCGCGCGCGCUGGCUGCAGGUCCUCGUCGCCGACAGCGGCGGCGGAGGCGCUGCUCAGCUCCCUCUCCUCCUCCUCGAGCACCACUGCGGCGGGCCGGCCGGCGCGAGCGGCUUCUUCGACGGCGUCGCGCCAGGCGACGACGUGAUGGUCCGCCGGCUGCGUGUCUGCGCCGCCGGAGGCGAUCUCGGCGGCUUCCUGGCGACGAGCCGGUGGUCGCUCGCCUUGCGGGCGGCGGAGUUGCUCGCCGAGUACCGCGAGGAGCCGCUGCGGCUCGCGCUGCUCGGAGAGAUCGGCAAAGACGCCCGCUCGCAGCAGCAGCGCGGCAAGCGCGACGCGGCGGCGCGGCAGGCCGGCGCGUGGAUGGCGGCGCCGCCGCCGCCGGCCACGGGCGGCGACGUCGGCGCCAUCUUCGGCGGGCUCCCCCCAGUGCAGGCACUGCUCAAGAGAGCGGGCGGGGAGGCGGCCGGCGCAGCUGGCGACGCGGUGCGGUGCGACUGGCGGCUGCAGCGGCCGCUCGUUCCGAUCCGCGACGUAGCUCGCUGCCUGGAGGAGCUGCACGGCGGCGAGGAGGCGUACGUCGUGCUGCGCGCCUCCGCGAGCCUCUCGCCGAGGGGGCAGCACCCGCCACAAGCCCCGCCACAAGCCCUCCUCGGCGUGGCACGUCUCGAGUCGCCUCUCGCCGCGCAGCCCGUCCCGGUCGCCUUUGCGCUGGCCGACGCGGACGCCAAGGGUCGCGGCGGCGCGCUCUGGGCGGCCGUCGUGAGGAGCGGGGCGGACGAGGCCGGCGCGGCCGACACGCCGCCGCCGCGCUGCACCGCGCGCGCCGCCGGCCAGGCGCUCCAAAAGCUCGAGGGGCGGGAGGUGCUCGUUGCCCUCGACCUCGCCCGCCCCGCGGGCCGGCCGGCGGCGGCGGCGCUCGUCGGAGUCUGGCCGUUGCCGCCGUGA